AGUAUGAUUUUGGCCAAAGCCACUCCCCAAGAAGAAGCGAGUCCCAAGUCGGGAACCGUUACUCUCCUAGAAGGCUUCAUAAGCGCAGACACGCGAGCCUUGAUCCAGGAGAACGUCUACGUCAUCCUGGGUCACGGACGAUUCCAGCGGAUCGUCCUGGUCACCGCCUUCGUCGCCAACCUUGUGGUGCUGCUGCACUCGUUCGCCUAUUACCUCAUCGGCCGUCCCGUUGACCACUGGUGCCGGCCACCCGACGACCUGCGGCACCUUGGUGUCCAGGGCUGGAAGAACGUCGCGAUACCAGUGCUGGCCGAUGGCAGCUUCAGCAAGUGCACCGUGUACCAACCCCCUCUACCAGAAGACAACCACGACAACCGAAGCACAGUUCCGUGCAAACGGUGGGACUACGACACCGAGACAGACGGCGACAGUAUCGUCAGUAAAUGGGACUUGGUGUGCAAUCGCCGCUGGCUCUACUCCGCCUCCAAAUCCACGUUCGGAUUUGCCCCUAUGUUCUUCGUUCCGAUCGCCGGAAUCGCAGCAGACCGCAUGGGACGCAGACCGGUCUUGUCGGUGUGUGCCGUCUUCACGUUGCUCGGCAGCCUGGUGGCCGCGGCGUCCUCCUCGGUGGGCGUGUUCAUCCUCUCGCGCUUGGUCACUGCUGCCAUGGCCAGCGCGACCUUGAUGAUGGCUUUAACUGUGCUCUACGAAGUGACCGGGAAUCAGCACCGGGCUCCGUAUAUUCUGGCAGCGAGCGGCAUCGCCAUGCUUGUGACGUCUCCGCUGGUGCACGUGCUUUCGGCGCUCAAGCCUAGGUGGGUGCUCUCACAAGCGCUCUUCGUCACUGCCACGGCGAUAAUGGUCUCUUGGUGCUGCUACCUGGACGAGUCACCCGUUUGGCAGAUUGCUGCAUGGAGGCUACGCGCAGCUGAAUUCACCGUACUCCGGGCUGCUCAGUUCAACGGUAUAGAUGCUCACAAGGCCACAGCAACAUUCAAGGCCUUCAAGCAGCAGCUGCUGAAGCGGGACACCAGCACCACGUCGGUUACUGCUGGCACCAUCAGCAUACUCCGUUCGGCUUCCCAUCGCCGGCGCGCAUUGUCUGCCCUCGUAACAUGGUUUAGCUUGAGCUUUGCACAUUAUGCCUCAGACCUGGGUUCCACGCUCGAAGAACUAUGGGUUCUGGCAUCGUUUCUACUUAGGCUGCUCAUUCUCAUCAUAACCUCAUAUGGAAUGAAACAACGAGGCCACCGUGUGACUCUGUCAGGCGUACUCGUUUUCCUCGGCGCCUCAAGCAUACUGCAGAUGGUGUUCUGGAACUGGCCCUUGGCCUUCGCCCUUCCUCUGCCGAGGAUAAUGAUGUCGAGUGCGUCGGCGAUAUCCAUGAGCCUGACCUACGCGUACACCGCAGAGGUGUUCCCCACGACGAUUCGAUGCGUGGGACUUUGCCUAUCGUACUCCGUCGGCCGGCUUGGCGUCCUUCUGGCUGCAUACAUCGAAGACUCCUUACACGAAGAAUAUCUGUUCGUCGUUGGAGCUAUCACAACAGGGCUGGCAUUUGCGUGUGCAGUAGCGAUGCAGUGUCUUCCCGAAGUAUUUGUCGAGAAGAAGCCCGCCGAAGACAGCGCAGUUCUGAGCGAAGACCAGCGCAAGGAAGUGCUUAAAGCAUCUUUGAGACCAACCCCCGAGUCGGAGGGUCCAACCAAGCUAGGCAAGCCGCUCAAGCAGCGCGGCCAAACCAAGCGGAGAACAAGCUCGAAACGCGGUACCAUUACCGAAACUACAGCGGCAGCAUCGCCAACAGCAUCAUGUUCCCCAAAACAAAGCGUCUUAUCUCCUGAGCAAUCCUCACCGAUGCCGAUGUGCAAAACACUAUCGCUGGAUCUCAACAGCAUCUAAUACAUGCUGGCUGAUUGAGAAGCACGUAACACGUAUUUUUUUAUUUCUGUGUUUCUCAGGCUUAGUCAUCUUUAGUUUUCUUUAUAUUUUGCUUUCUUUGAUUAUUAAUUUGAAUACAUUCUGGUCUAUUUCUUUUGUGUGCGGAAUUUAGCUACCUUUGCUUUCUUGUUCUUAGUUGAUGGCAAUUAUGUAGCUAGCAAAUCUGCCUUAAGGCAGAUUUGCUAGCGCAAAUAAUCCUUAUAUCCACCGUAUAGCGUCUGACGCAUGCAACAGAUCCAAAGACACUUUUAUUUACCGUGACUUUUUGACAAUGUAUGCCUAAUUCUCGCCUGCCAUAUGACUGUCAUUUAAUGUUCGCGCUACAAAUGUCAGAUUCUGAGGCUGUUACUUUCUCAGAAAUAUUAGCAUCAAACCUGCAAGGGAGCAGAGCGGUGCUUCUGAGGUAUUUUCUACACUCUUCGAAAAAAUUUUAGUAAGCAGAUGCAGUUGCUGUAUUUUACUACCCAUUACUACUUCGUUACUGCCUGUUUACUACCUUAGAUAAUUCGGAUAGCAGUGAUACCUUUACUAAGCUGUUAAAAGGUUUGAUAGACCGGUUCGCAAAACGUAGUUACUUGGUCAUCAAUGAUUUAUUGGUCUAUGUAGUGACUGUCUUAAAGCGAUGUUUUGAUACACUAUAGUUCUUGUCAUGUUGCAUAAAUAGUCACGUGUUGCGUUAUGGCGCAAUUGUGUGCAGACUGUAGGUGGUACAAAUAUAGGAUAGGAUAGGCAUAAACUGUAUUUGUCCAAUGGUUAUUGCUGUUGGUGCCCGGGGCUAGGCUGCCAGG